GCCGCUGCGGGAGCCAUGUUGUUAUUGCCCGUGAAGUGCUAAACUAGCUCCUGGGAAAGAAGCGAGGUGGAGGUAGGGGGGCAUCAGACAGCGAGUUUAGUCUGUAUCAACGGAAGGAGUAACAAGUGGCUUGGAAGUUUCAGCCAGAAGCUUAAAUUGGGUAGGUAAAGAAAGAUGGUGGAUCGCUUGGCUAACAGCGAAGCAAACUCUAAGCGCAUUGCACUAGUGGAAGGCUGCUUUGGGACAGCCGGCCAGCCCCUGGCCAUUCCCGGCCGCGUCCUUAUCGGAGAGGGAGUUCUGACGAAACUCUGCCGGAAGAAGCCCAAAGCCAGGCAGUUUUUCCUCUUCAACGACAUCCUGGUGUACGGGAACAUCGUGAUCCAGAAGAAGAAGUACAACAAGCAGCACAUCAUCCCGCUGGAAAACGUCACGAUCGACUCCAUCGAGGACGAAGGAGACCUGCGCAACGGCUGGCUCAUAAAGACCCCCACCAAGUCGUUCGCGGUCUACGCCGCCACGGCCACGGAGAAGUCGGAGUGGAUGAACCACAUCAACAAGUGCGUGUCGGACUUGCUGGAGAAGAGCGGGAAGUCCCCCAGCAGCGAGCACGCGGCCGUGUGGGUGCCCGACUCGGAGGCCACGGUCUGCAUGCGCUGCCAGAAGAUCAAGUUCACGCCCGUGAGCCGCCGGCACCACUGCCGCAAGUGCGGCUUCGUGGUGUGCGGGCCCUGCUCGGAGAAGAAGUUCCUGCUGCCCAGCCAGUCCUCGAAGCCCGUGCGGGUCUGCGAGUUCUGCUACGAGCAGCUGGCGGGCGGGCAGGCCGCGAGCCUACCCGCCAGGUCGGACUCCUACAGCCGCUCCUCCAAGUUCCCCGCCCCCAGCGUUUCGGACGACGACGACGAAGACGACAGCAGUGACUGAAAACGGCGACUUCCUUUGUAAUAUUUAGGAUAUUCAUAUAGGAUUUUCUGCAGGGCUUGUAAUUAGCAAGUGCUGGGUUGCAGGGCUUUCCUAGUGAUGGUGCUCCAAAAUUCCGAUGUCUUCUUGCUCACGGGAAAUUUGUGGAAGGCGCUUUUUCUGUGCGUAGGGCUGACUUCCUGAAAAAUUCACAGACGUGUUAGAAGGUGAGAGGGGUGUUAGCAUUUCUGGCUUACUACAGACCUGAGACUGUUUCUAGAGAUUAACAAAGGAUUCUCUUCUGAAUGCCACUGGUUUAUCCUGCUCCUUACUUGGUGUGAAUUUUCUAAUUUACCUCAAAAUCCAUGGGAGAGGUAGACGUGACAGACGUGCCCCCAAAGAAUUCCUAUUGCUGAUUUCAAGCUCUGAGUGGAGCUGCUUUUGGGGAAAGAUGUUUGCUUUGAAAUGCUUCAGUUAUUUUAUUUUUUUCUUAGCCAUAUUUUUCUACCAAUGAACCUUAAAUAAAGCACGUGCCUCAAUGCUGGCUUUUCUGCAGGGAUAUGAACUUUAGUAACUUGUUUUUUGCAGACUGUACAUAUUUCUACUGUAAGGCUAUCAGGUAAACAAGUGGUGCAUUUUGCUAUGUAUAUGUUUUUUUACCCUUUAUUUUCCUUCCUGCCUUUUAUUUGUCGAACUGUGAUUCCUUCAGACAAAACCCUCAGUCCAUGAAAGUAAUCAAAUAUGCAAAGAAAAGCAGUUGCAGGUAAACCAACUUUUUUUUGAGAUAACAGGCUACUUUAGGCAUAUGAAUUUCUCUUUUUGGAUUUCUUGCUUAUGACAAAUCAAAUGGAGGCUUUUACAUUUUUAUUUGGAAAUUCUAAAGUUGUAUUUUUAUGUAAAGUUCUCUUUUAAGUCAUUAAUGCUGGUAAAAAAAAAAGUUCUCAAUGCCUUAUAUACCACACGCUGCCUUUUCAAGAUGCGUAUAGCACAAUAAAAAAAAAAUAUUUGAAUGAUUAAUACAUAAUUUUGAGUUUGGCGGCGAGGUACUAGGUUUUUUAAAUUAGAAUUUUGCAUUUGUAAGAGAACUGUAGACAUGGUCCACAUCACAAAUAGAUUUAAAACUUGUCCAUACUCUGGAAAGGCAGUUUAGUUCGCAGUCAGUGUCAGUUUAUGGGUGGUUGUUGCACAGCAUACUUUUAUUAAAUAUAUUUUUACAAAAGUCUAUAUUAAAAUGUAUCUAGCAAACCUUAAUUAAGGAAUAAUAGUUGUCCUAGUAGGACAAUGUGAAAUCUUACAAAAAUGCCAUCUUUCUCUCAAGGUGUUUAGCUUAGUUUCUGUUUGACUUUCAAAGUGAAGGCGCAGCAGAAAAUUUGUUGAUAGGAUCUAAAUGUUAUCCAAUUAGAAGCUUUGCAGUGAAUUGGUUUUACAUGCCUCUUUUGACACAACAUACAGAGCAUUUGCAUACCUGUCAUGUUAGAUCUUGUUGCAAAUCCAACUGUUUGUAACUAGUUGAUGCCAUGCACAUGUUCCUGAGACCAUUUGCCAUGGUAGAUAAAGAAAGGUGAUGUAUAUGUGACUGAGGCCCUUGGGGGUAACUGUAACACCAAAUACCUUCAGCCUGAUAAACAUUUAGUUAAAAGCAGCUUGAUCUAAUAUAUCCAAAGACAAUGUGAACGAGUCGCAGAACUAUUAGUGUUACCCUGGCUUAAUUCACUGCAGAUAGUGUUGCACAAAGCCAGCCACUUGUAGAAGUCUGAGAUAUCUGGGGCGCAUUCUAAAACAGCAAAACGGGGAGAAAAAAGCUAAAAGGAGAGACAGUGUGUAGUAGAAACAUCCAGAAGUGGCACCAGUUUUCUUCUUUUUCUUCAAAAGAUGAGCUAAACAUUCUGUAAAAGAAGGACUCGUUUGCCGAUUCAGCAAAAUGACGUAAACGUUCCUGGAAAUGCUAACAAAACUAUAAUAGUUGUCUUCGUUUAAAUUAACCAGUGAAGCUGCUAGGCCAGUGUUUCCCUUUUUCUGUACUACAAUGAUGAUGAUACUAAUAGGUGUGACACUAUGUAACUGUAGGUUAUUCCCCCUGUAUCAGAUGCAAUACAUUUUUACAGGGAAUGACUUGCAAAUAGAAUUGGUCCUCUGUAAAGUUUUUAUUUUACACACAUUGGUCAUUUUAAAGAGUUCAACAAAGGUUGUCUGAUGUAAGAUAAAAGAUGAGCUCAUAUGGUAGAGCUUACUAGCUCUGGGAUCUGCGAGGGCUUGAAUCAUGAAACAGUCGACGUAGCAUCUCAGAAUUCUUGUAGUAAAUUACUCAGUGCCUUGUCCAUUGCUGGAGUAAUUCGUUGUUUUUAAAAGUUAAUGUUUAAUUAAUUGAACAAAUAGCUGUUUUUUCAAUGAAAAAAAAUCCACCUUUUGGGUGUAUUCCAUGGAGGGUGUUAGUGCAGCAUUUUAUUUUUCUUGAUUUAAAAUCCUUACAUCAAGUUCUUAAGUGUCACAGGUGUGUUUUUGUUCUCCCGAAGACAUGCAUUUAUCACAGUGUGUUAAAAUUAGGUUUAGAGCAAGCUGUUUUUUAAGUUACUGUUUAGUGUCUUUUUUCCUAGCUAAUAAGUUUAAAUGGAAAAUGUGUGGCACAUUUCUUUUCUUCUGUCAGCUUGUAGGGAAGCACAAGGCUACAGUUAUUGCUGAAAGCUGUUUGCAAGGGGUGUACGUAUUUCAUCUGCUGCUUAUGUAAGCUUGCACAGUGCUUGCAGUGUUUUAUUGUCCCUGUGAGAUGAUGAAGGUUGCUUUGCCUUUGUUGCUGCUGGAGCAAGUUCAGUUCUGUACCAAUCCCAGUCCUUUAUGACUUCUCUGAUAAGGACCAUUCUUUAUCUGAGAAGUCAACUGCUAUGCACCGGAAUGACCUGAGAAAGCAAUCUGCACCAAAUAAAAUCUUACACAUAAAUCUGAGAGGAUUUGAAACAACUUUGGAAAAAUGUUUUGAAGUGUUAUUUGUAAACUUCCACUGAGUUUUUUUUAAUGUAACCCGUGCUUUGUUCAAUAGAUGGUUCUUUUUCUUUGUCAUUGUAAUUCUUGUUUAAAACACUUUUGGAAGGGCUGAUUGUAACCCAGCAUAUUCUUGUUAGUUACUAAUAAUCUGAGAAAAAAAAUAUAUUGUAUUGUUUAUGUGAUACGCAUCUUUUUAUUCAUUGCACCUGCAAUUGCAUUUUACAUAGCCAUCUGAUGCAGAUAAUGAUCUGAGCGGGACUAGGGUGUAGGGCCCAAACAAAUACACGGAAGAAUGUUAGCUUUCCAUGUCUGUUUCUUAAAAAGAAUUUUCACUCCCCUGUGAGUCCCAAGAAGCUCACUUCAAUAAUCUGAAGAAGCAAGGAAAUUUCCAGGUUCUUCAUGUUCUUCUGUAGGUAUUCCAAAUGGCACUGGAUGGUUGAGGCAGCUUGCACUCAUUUGAGACUGUUCCUAUAAUAGGUUUUGUAUUCAACAUCAAACUCCAUUGUCUUCUUUUUUUUGUAGGGAGUGCUGAGAAUAAGUCUAUUCAUAUUCCUGGCAAAGUUGUAUGUUACCAAAGCAAUCCAUCUGCACAGUAAUAGCCUGUAGAACAUUUUAUUGUAGUUAUCAGAGAAUAUAGUUUGUAAUAUAGAUCAUGGGUUUUUAAAAAGAACAUGUUAACAUAAUAAUAAUUUGAGCAAAGUUGUCCUUGGACUCUGUUUGAUUAUGUAAAUUAAGGGCUCAGUUGUGUAACUGAGAUCUCAACUGGAGCUGAAGGCAGGUGUUGUACAGGACUGGAAGCCCCUGAUUGUAGACACUUUUUAUAUAGCUUUUAUUCCUCCAGACUCAGUCAGGAAUGAAGGUUAUCUCUAUGGACAUCCUCAAUGACAUUUGUACCCAGAUGGUUCCUUCCACUAGAAAAUCCCAUCGUAUUGGCCGUUUCAUGGGGUUACAGGUCUAGAUACUUUUCCAGCACUUUUGGUCUUUUCUUGCUGGCCCACCUGAACAAAACCAAGGGCCUUAAAGCAGAGCUUGAUUUUCAUUUUGUAAAGCUGUGCCAGAACCAAGCCUUACAAUUUUCGACCGCAGAAGCCAUCGGGUACUGGCUCAGAGCCAGGGUUCAGGACACAGCGUGUCACAGGCACCUUGAAAGAGAAGAGAAACCGGGGCCCGUUUCUUGUGUUGAUGAGUGCAGGAGUGUCUAUAAAUAGGCAUUUUUGAGCAGGAUGGUAGAGUUCACAGAAAAAACAAUUAAGUAGAAAGUGUUUUUGAAGGUUUUUUAUGUUGGCACAUAUUCAGGUGAAAUCCAAAAACAGAUUCAGUUUAAGUGUGUUAAACUGGUGCCGGAGCUUAAUAAAGAACACUACCUCCUUUUCUGCAGAUGACUUUUAGGCCCGUCUUGGAGUUGCUGCACAAACCCUGUGGCCACUCAGAGGAGCAGGUUGUGCAGGGCUCUUGUCUGAUCAUGAUUCUUCAGAUGACUCAUAUGUGUUUCCAUCUGUUUAGAAAGAAUCUUUGCAAACACUUUUAUGUUAUGAGCUUGACAGCAGGAGCAGCCUGCAGCUAUGUUGCAGCUGAUAUAAAGUCUCCAUGAAAAACUAUUUUCUGCAGAAAAUGACAACGAAAGAUUUACAGAACUUGGUACUUGAGGGCCAGCUUGACCCCAUACCAUUAGGAAGAAUUCACGUGUAAAGCCAUGUAAAAUAGGAGAUCUUCACCUCUGCUUCGAUGGAGACUUGGAAAGUAGUAGGAGUUUCUAAGAAGCUUAACUUAUAUAAGAGUUAGCUUGAGGCAGUUUCAGUGGGCUUAAGAAUUCCUCAUUUUGUACCAGCUUCAGGAGCAUUAGAACAUGAGGAGAGGUCUUAUUCUGCUUAUUGGGGAUAUAGAGUAUAGCAUCAUUAUCAACUCAGCUGAAGCUCAAUGUUCAUUUUGUUUUGAUCUUAGUGCAGGUAACCUAUUAUGACAUUCAGAUGUAUCUAUUGAUGAGCUGCCUUGUCUUGCAAAUUAAGAUGUCUCCUCUUUCUCUAGGGAGGUUAUGAAAUUAACUUUUCAAAAUGGUCGCAUUUGUAGGCUUGCUCUCCAUGAAUUACAUUUUUGUUCUGUUUCCAGUUACAAAAUCAGAGUUUCUGGGUGCGAAAUCUCAACUGUUGUUUUUUUUUUUUCUAAUUUGACUCCUAACAAAGUAUUAUAAGUACAAGUACAAAGAGCCCUUAACAUAGUAUUAUAAGAUUGUGGCCUAUGAUGCCCAAAUAAAAAUUUUGAUUCUUAAUGCAUUGACAUUAUUUUUAUUUGAAUUAAUAGUGUCUUCCCUCAAUCCUAGUUUUAGGAAACAAUUUCAGAAUGGUCUAAAAGUAAUAAAAACUACCUCAGGCAAUUAAAAAUACUGACACAUUUUCACAGGAAUACAGAAAUCAGUCAGAGAAAAUACUAAUUCUGUGUAUUACAUAGCAGAGUUUUGGAAAAACAAUUGCUAAAACAAUACAAUUUAAAGUGUUUUAAGAGAGAGAAAUUAAAACUCUGUUAUAUAUCUUGGCACAUCCUGUGCAUCAUGUUGGCUGGGACAAAGAAUACAUUCUACUCUUCACACGUCCUUGACUUACCAGAAAUUACUUUUCAAAAUACACAAUUAGUAAUUUGUCACCACACAGUGAUCUGAAUAAUUCCUAGCAGAUGAUAGUUGAUCCUUUCUUUCAAAAUUGUGAAAUGGAUGAACAAAGUCAAGCCAAUACGUUUCCUCUUAUCCAACAAUGAGACAAGGACCUGGGAACAGAAAGUUUUGAGCCCUGGAACAAGCUACGUGGUCAUGUUCUUAAAACUGAAGGGCUGGAUCCAUAAUUUACUAAAAGCGAAAUUGCCAAGUGGGCACUACAGGUGUUUGUAAGCUUUCCUGUUAGUAUUAUGGCAGCCCGGCAUGGCCUCCUUUGUCAUUGUUAAAGUGCUCACUGUAGGGACCGUCUUAAGGUAUUGCACUUUUGUAACAAUAAGAAAAUAAAUCUUGAUAAGUGUGA